AUGCCAAUGGACACACCUGCCGGCGCAGCACCAGACACCAUCAUGACCGACUCGACGACCCCAACCACCACCCCCAGUUCCUUACCUAAUCCUUCCAUCAACGGUGAAAGCAUACAGGUCAAUGGAACAACCACAACAACAUCCAACCUCACUGUAGCAGCUACAGUCCACCUUGUGACCGAAGCUGACAAGGCCGUCCUCGCCAACACCAAUACUAUUGCACAGGAUCUCACACUCUCCGAUAUCGCCCACGCUCCAAUUUUAUCGGCGGCCGACCUUUUGUCUCAGGAUCCUUCGUCCUUGAUCGAACCGAGCCACGGCGUUACAAUAACCCCAUCAAUACCAUCAGUCGAUUUGACACCUCUGACAACUACCGUGCCGGGAUUUGGAGUUUCUAUCCUGCCAGGACUGGAUCUUUCCGUCAACACGGCCAAUGAUGAGUUUAUUAUCAUGGAUAACGGCCUUAUCACAGGAACCACGGAAGCAGUAGAUUCGGGACUCUUGAAUGCUCCAGUAACAACGGUGGCAAAACCGGAUGUAUCGGUGACCCAGGCUGGAGACACACAGUCGAGCAGUGCCCUGCCAGAAAACGCACUCGACUGCAACUUUGGUACCCUGGCAGGAUAUUUUGGUCAACAUGCUCUCGGAGGAUUUGUGGAGUCAAGUCGCAUGAUGGCCGCAGAGGAGUUGGUACUUUCGAAAACUCAGCAGGAAAAUGCCCCCAAGAUAAUUGAAAAGUUCACAAGACUCUUACAGGAGUCGACGCCUGGAUCAGUAAGCACGGCGGGCGAUGGUCUUUCAGGAUCCAGCAAACGACAAAAUUCUAAUAGCGGCGAUUUUAUCUCAGGAACUUUAGAUGGCCAUGAUGCCAUCAAGCGGAGACGAGUCGAUGAUGCGCGCGGCAUGGUUCUUGAGAAUGCCACACGGGACGAGAUUGAGGAGCGGAUGAUUCAGUUCAUGGCCAAUAAGAGAGAACAAAUCAACGAGAGCAAUCGGCAAGAGUUCAUCAAGGGCCGCGUCCCCAAUGUUGACCUCUCAGGGACAAACGCUGAUGCUCAGGAUGCUGAUGCCGAAGAUGACGGGUGUGCAAGAGUCGAUGCCCGAAAGCUCAACAGAACCAUUCAAAUGAAGCUGGAAACGGUCAAGAACGAGGCGCUCACAAAGACGAAUCCCAAGACUCACGCCCAGCAGAGCGAUCUGUCGAUGACAAGCAAUGGACUGGACGAGCGUUUGCGGAAUAUUCAAGUCCAUCUGAAUCUUCGCUUUGCGGCUGCACCUGUCUGUACCAUAGCUGAGCGGAUUCGUAUCGUUGAGGAUGUCAUUAUUCAGUUGGAGCGGGAUUACCCACUUUGGUCGGCACUGCACUUUAACCAACCAAACCGUGCUUUCCCUCCACCACCCUCCGUGACGACAGUGAGCAGGAACGGAAGGAAUCAGAUUGUCAUGUCAGGAGAGCAUCUUCAUACUACCUUAAUCGACAGUGGCGAUCCAGUCGCGAAUCCUGCAGCACUUACUCAAUUCCCUGGUGUGGGCAUGUUACACGCGCCCUCAGGAAGCCCUACAGCUCAAGUCCAGCGACAUGGAGGUCAGGAUACAGGUCUUCGGACGGGAGUUUCAGCUAACACCAGUGUGAACAACAGUCAAGGAGCAGGACCAGCAGUGCAGGCCAGACCAGGUGUGGUUAGCCCAGGCGGUGCGAGUAGUUCAGCAACUGUGAUCAAAUUGAAGCGCCACGGAGGAGCGGGUUCUUCGUCAUUGGCUAGAGCCGUUCAACAACAACUGGCCCAGCGGAAAGCGAAUGCAGCAGCCAGCGGAACAACAGACGACCCCAGACACUCAUACGGCACCGCUCCCUCGUUCAAGGUUACGCCAACACCUCAUCGGGAUUCUCCCUCGGACAGCGGAUCAACUCUGUCAAAGACUGGUGGACACCCCUCGAACUCAAGUCCAGGACGUUCACUCUCACCCAACAUUUCUUUUGCCGACCCACUCAAACCCGGUGUGACAGGAAGGGGACCCAUUAAGUCGAGGAGGAAAUCGAUCGCAAAGGGACUGGACCCAGUGUCGGCGAUGGCUUCGAUGAAUGUUGCGCACGCUGGCAACAUCUUGGGCACUAACCCUGGAGCGGGAAGAAUCGUGGGUGCACCUAUGUCACUGGGCAGCCAACCCUCGGUUAUGUUGGAGGCGUCGCUUGGUUCACUUGCUGCGUCAAAAGCUAAAGCUGCGUCAGCGAAAAAGCCACGCAAAAAGAAGGGCGAUGAGGGUGCCGAUUUGUCUGGGGUCGCUAAGCUGGCAAGUCGGCCAGGAGCAGGAAGAGGCAAGGGAGGCUUUGGACUUGGCAAGGGCAAGGGAAGUGGCCGUCCAGCGAUGGGACUUGGUCUCGGCAAGGGCAAGGGAGGCGCCUAUCGUCAGGAAUUGCUCCGUCAGGCAGAGGUGGAGGAGUUUGAUGAUUACAGCGAUGAGGACGUCGAUGACGAUGGAAAUUUCCAGUCUAAUUCUGCGAGCACGAUAUUGGGAACUAUGGCCAAGGCACCGGCAGGCACAGGAAACGGAUCAUUGACGGCUGGCAACACGACGACGUUUGAGAACGACAACUCUGCGCUGGCGCAUCUCGUUAGCAGCGCCCUCAAGGAGGCGAAUGCUGAAGCAUUAGCACAGCAAAAGAAACAGCGAGAGCAGCAACAACAACAGCAACAGCAACAGCAACAAGCACCAGCACCAACGAUAGCCAAGGCAAAGAAGGCACCUAAGAAGCCAUCAACGCCAGCUAAGCCUCCACCAGUGCGCAAGUUUGGCGGAAAGAGUUUUGGUAUGGUGGGUGGUGAGAGUUCUGGUAGCAGUAACGAGAGCAGCGACGGCGAGGGCAGUGGUAGUAGCGGGUCUCAGAGCGACUCUUCGUCGUCGAGCGGCAGUAUCAGUGGAUCCGACCCAGGGGAUUCCGACUGA